AUGACCAACCAGAGCUUAGAGCUCCCUGCUCCGGAGCAGUUGCUAUACCAUCCAAAACCCCGUCGCUGCGACACCCGACUAGCCUGGAUUAACGGCACCAUGUUCGAUCUCGCAGGCCUCCCAAAUCCCCGUUCUAUUGCGAACUCAUCGGACUCGCCUUUUGACUAUGCAUUGGGGGGAUACGAUGGAGCCCUGGAACCCAGUGAAUCCGAGAGAAUGUACUCCGAGCUCUCGUCUAUGGAGCAGGCAGAGCGAGCCGUCGAAGAGGCACUGGAGGAGUUGCUGGCCCAGUCCACUGCGCCCGCCUACGCAGAAGCAGCACCUGCGCGCGUGCCCGAGUUCGUGGGCACAUCCCCCGCAUCCUCCAACGACGAACUGCCGGGUAUUAUCACACCCGCGAACGGCUGCGCAAUGCCCGCAUCCGCCAAGUUGAAGUGCGACAACUCGUCGACGGACAACGUCUUCGCCGCCGCACGGGACGCGUCCGAGAGCGGGACCGCAUAUCCUGCCUCGAGGGAGGACUCGCAGGUUCCUUCCAGCUUGACAACCGUCGGCUCAUUGCCCAGAGAGGAAACGGAGCGCCUCUGUGAAGCAUGGCGGGCGGCCUUGAGCGGUUUCGACUCCCGGAGCCCGUCGCCCGACAUUCCCCACCAUAACCCCAGCCCUAGCUACUCGUCGGAUAGUCGAGAAAGCACCCCCGAGCGCUCGGACGAGGAGGUGUUGGAGAUCGCGAUGCGGCUACGGGGUGCCCGAUUCCCUCUGACGGACGAGGAGAUUAGGUGGCGCCUCGAGCAGCCCCUCGAGGUCUUCCAAUCGGCAAACCCUCCCCAUGGGCCCGGCACUCCCAACCCCGCGGACAACCGCCCGUAUCUGGCAGAGCUGCGCGGCCCCAACGUUCAGACAGGGUCGAGGAGGAUGACGUGGACCACGUUUGAAACGCCUACGAGAGAUCCGGAGAUGAUAGAUGCCUCCGAGAGAGCGCGAGAUAGAGCGCUGUGCGAGGCAAUCGUAUGCGUCGUUAGGAGUGGGUGA